AUGUUCCGCACAGCGUCACGGCGCACCAGCGCCUAUGUCCCGAAUCUUUUCCAACCACAGCGACAGUCCUUGACCCGAUCAAUAUGCAGCAACCACACACGACCAACCUUGCACCCCAGAUACCGCAAUGCCAAACCCCCCAUUAACAGCUUAUCCAUAUCGCGCGCGCGACAUCUCUCCUUCGCCCAGCGCGUGCGUCUCAGCUUCCGCGACGCUUCCAAAGGGAUCUGGCGCAAGAACCCGGUCCUCCUCCCGCUCGCGAUCCUCUCGGCCGCUGGCGCCACCGCAGUUUUUGCCUACAUCUCCUACGUGGAAUUGACACGCGUGGGGCCUCAGUACCACAAGUUCCCGCCGCCGGUCGCCGACUCACUCCGCACGGCAGUCUACUACACCGAGAUCGAUCUCAACCCGCCCAAGGCGCUGCAGGCGUACAAGGAGGCACUGCGAAUUGCCGUGGAGAUGGGUAUGCACCCGUUCUCAGAUGAAGUGCUGGGAAUCAAGUUACAGGUGGCGUUGAUGCUGGAAAAGGCCGGGCUGAUGAAGCCUGCGAUCGAGGUGCUGGAGCGGUCAAAGAACGAGGCCCUGAGCUGGGUUGAUGAGGGGAGGAAAAUGGAGACUGCUGCCGCUGGAAAGUUGCAGCAAACCAAGGUUCCGGCGCAGGCAAAGGUUGCCCCGGAAAAUGUCCAGAUCAACCAGGACGCACUUCAGGACACGAAGAAAGAGCUGAAGGCCCUGGAGGAGUUCGAGGCGCGCCAGCGGGAUAAGGCGCUGAAGAAGGUUGUGGGCAUGCAGAUGAAGCUGGCAGAGCUGUACUCGAGCGAGUAUAUACAGGAGGACAAAAAGGCCGAAGCCGCGCAGGUUGCCGCUGUCGAGCUGUGUCUGAAGGAAAUGCACCGCCGCCAGAAGCUAGGUCUCCCUGUUGGUGGUGGCAGCAGCACCAGCAGCGGCGAUGGAUCAGAAGGCGAGUCCUGGCUGAACCUGACCGAAAUCGCUACAGCUCUCGCAGAACUGGCGUCCACUUAUACUGCCCGCGAGCGGCACGAGCUGGCAAUGCCCCUGUACCUGCGGGCCUUGGACAUGAUCCGGGUGGCGGAAGGCGAGUCGCCCACCUGUAAGCAGGUCGUGCUGCUCAACGACGUCGCCAGCGCCAUGGCCGGCCAGGCGCAACGCCCGGCGUCUCGCGCCCAGCCCCAGCAGCCGGUGUCCCGGGAGCAGACUGUCGACGCUGCCCGACAAUGGGCGCAGAAGGCGAUCGAUGUUGCGGCGCGCAUUCAGCCGCCGGUACGCGACGAGGAGUGCGACCUCAGCUGUGUGGCGGCCACCUACAACCUCGGCGAGCUGGCAGAGCUCCAGGACAAGCCGGGUGUGGCUCGGCAACGCUAUAUUGAGGCCAAAUCACUCGCCAAGGGGAUGGGGUUUGAUGAAGGGGUUGCCCUGGCCGAUGCAGCUCUGAAAAGACUCCCGAAGAUAUAA